GACGUGACAAAAUGGCCUGCGGGGAGUCGAGGAGUCUACUAGUCGCGAUUUCGGCUCAGCUUCGAAGCGGUCACGAGACUGUUCGAUUGGUCGAGGUGUCGACGCGGUCUAUCCGGAAGAGGUGACGAUUGUAAGGUGGUUCUUUCGAAAAUUUUCCGUGGCAUUUUCUCUUUUGAUUCGGUCUUUGGAAUUCGGAAUUUUCGGACGGCAAAAUUGAUCCCGCUCUUUGGGGGAAGCUGCGAUCCGGGCAGAGCCGGAGAAUGGGUACAGGUGAUCGACUAUUAGAUAUACCUUGUAAAGUUUGCGGUGACAGAAGUUCUGGAAAGCAUUAUGGAAUUUAUAGUUGCGACGGUUGUUCGGGAUUUUUCAAACGCAGCAUUCACAGGAACAGAGUAUACACAUGCAAAGCCGCUGGAGACAUGAAGGGACGCUGUCCGGUAGACAAAACUCACAGGAAUCAAUGCAGGGCCUGCAGAUUGAACAAGUGUUUUCAAGCCAGCAUGAAUAAAGAUGCCGUGCAGCAUGAAAGAGGUCCGCGCAAACCGAAGAUCCAACCGCCCAACAACCACCAGCUGCAUCAUUCUACCGCCAUGCAACACCAUCUUCAACAUCUCUCGAGCCAUUCCGAUUCGAAAAUGACCGCCACCAGUUCGGGGGGCUGCGCACCGCUAACGGGGAACGUGCACCUAACACCAGCCGGGUUUCUGUCCUCGCCUCAUCACACCAUGAAAACACUAACGCUACCGCCUCCCAUUCCUCCAGUGCCUAGUCCCACGAUCGAAUCUGGAGCGGCUUUUCAAUUACCGCCCAUGUUCCACCAUUCCACCAUACCGCCGCCUCCUGGAUUGCUGCACAUCUUGCUGUCUGCCGAGAAAUGCCAGGAGCUGGUUUGGGGCACUAAAAUCUCCCAAAUGGAAUCUCCAUCGUCGAGCGACUCUGGAAUUCUGUCCAGCCCGACGAGCAUCAGCCUGUCGACGAACUCGCCCUUCACGCCGAUUCCACUGACGCCCACGUGGUCGUUAUUGCAGGAGACAGCGGCGAGAUUGCUGUUUAUGGCGGUGAGAUGGGUGCGCUGCCUGGCGCCCUUUCAGACGCUGAGCAAGCACGACCAGCUGCUGCUGCUGCAGGAAUCGUGGAAGGAGCUGUUCCUGCUGCACCUGGCCCAGUGGUCGGUGCCUUGGGAUCUGUC